AUGUGUGGAAUGCGGGUCGGGAAAAGCUUGUCUCCCGCUCCACCAACCAAUCGAAUCGAAUCGAACCGACCGAUCAAUGAAUGGAUGGGAUUGGAUGAAAGGAUCCUGCCUGCCGAUCCACAGGCGCCCUUACUGCUUUUAGCAUUGCCGAGAUUGAGACGAGCCGCCGCUCAUCCAUCCCGCCCGUGGAAACCACCACCGCCGAGCCGACCAACAGCUGUGGAAGAAGACGAAGAAGACGAAGAAGACGAAGAAGACGAAGAAGAAGAAGAAGAUACUACAACAAACCCCCAUCCGCCCCCAGCCCAGCCCACACCAGAUCCCGGAACGAGACUCUUCUUCUCCCUCGAACACGAGCAAGGGAGAAUCGAUAAGAUUGAAUGCCAACCACACAAUCAUGCACCCACGCCAAAGCCAAACAAUCAGCCGGAAAUCGACCUUCUCAAAAGCGUUAACCCUUCAUCCAGUGCGUAG